AAAUCUUAAUCAAAGACUUCUGUGACGGACUGACGGGUUAUCAAAAUAGCCUUGAGAUUGGCUCAUCUGAGCAAAUUCUCGGCGAUUAACUAACGGAUCAUACCUCAGUCGCCAACACCCCCCUCCCCAAUUAUAUCGCAGUUGGCCUGCAGAGGAGGAACUCAGGCGAUGCCACCGCGACGGUAGCAGUGCGCUACCCAUGCCAAUGGUUGCUCUGACUGAUCCUAUAUACCUCUGAGGGUGACCAUUCAUUCAGUUUUAAUAUCAAUGGCGUCGAAGUCCAGGGGAAAGCAGCUCUCUUUCGAGAUCCUCUCCUCCACUUAUGCAGUCAACUCCGACUCAAUCAUCGAUCGAUCUUCUAACUCCGAUCCCCUUAUUCAAAACAAUAAGUCCAAUCGCCGGAGGCGGAAGCGAAAGCGGAAGAAAUCCACCCCGAAUUCACCAGCACCACAUGAAUUCUAUACGAUCUUCGAUAACGGCGGCAUUGAUGAAUUGGAGGAGAGGGAGUCUCCGUCGAUGAACUCUCACAGUUACGCGGCAUCGAGUUUCGUGGUUUGUGAGGUGAGAGAAGAGAGUUUGGGCACAGUUUGCCAGGUUUCGCAGGGGGAAUUAAGGCAGAGAAAUGUGAGUAGUGGUGGCAGUGGCGGAGAUUUAGUGCCCCCGGUAGAGAUACCGGAGGCGGAGGUGAAAUCUAGACCUAAUCUUAUUAAUGGCGGUAAAUUGGAUAAAUCCGAGUCUUUAGAUUGGAAGCGCUUUAUGGCUGAAGAAGAUCCUAUGUAUCCUUUUCCCGUGGAGAAUUCGCCAAUAAAAUUCUUCAUGGAAGAAAUGUACAAUGGAAAUUCUAUUAGAAGCACAACAACGCGAGGAACUGAGAAAGAAAGAGAGAGGGUUUAUGAUACUAUCUUCCGCUUGCCAUGGAGGUGUGAACUGCUUAUUGACGUGGGCUACUUCGUUUGUUUAAAUUCAUUUUUGUCGUUGCUGACAAUCAUACCUAUGAGAGCUCUGAUGACGCUGUGGAGGUUCCUUACGAAAAGGCAGCCCAGAACACCUUCUGCAGCUGAGCUGUCAGAUUUUGGUUGUCUUCUUGUACUAGCUGUUGGAGUUACGAUUUUGGGGCGGACAGAUAUCAGCCUUAUAUACCAUAUGAUUCGCGGUCAAGGAAUUGUCAAGCUUUAUGUUGUCUAUAAUGUUUUAGAGAUCUUUGAUAAACUAGGGCAAAGUUUUGGAGGUGAUGUGUUUCAGACAUUAUUUAAUUCUGCUGAGGGGCUUGCAUGUUCUUCACCAGAGUCAUCAGGAUAUUGGCUUGAAAGAUACACAAUUGAUUUAAUAUUGGCUGCAGCUGCUUCAAUUGUUCAUUCUUUUAUAUUAUUAGCUCAGGCAAUCACCCUGUCAACCUGUAUAGUGGCUCAUAAUAAUGCUUUACUUGCUCUGCUAGUCUCAAACAAUUUUGCGGAGAUAAAAAGCAAUGUAUUCAAAAGACUCAGUAAAGAUAAUGUUCAUGGCAUUGUAUAUUCUGAUUCAAUAGAGAGGUUCCAUAUUUCAGCAUUUGUCAUAUUUGUUCUGGCACAAAAUAUUCAGGAAGCUGAGGGCCCAUGGUUUGGAAAUUUCCUUUCCAAUGCUCUCUUGGUUUAUUUCUCUGAAAUGGUAAUUGAUAUCAUCAAGCAUUCAUUUAUUGCCAAAUUCAAUGACAUAAAGCCCAUUGUGUACUCGGAAUUUCUUGAAGAUCUAUGCAAACAGACUAUGAACAUUGAGACUGACGGCGCAAAAAAGACACUUACUUUCGUUCCCGUGGCCCCAGCUUGUGUGGUCAUCAGGGUGAUCACCCCAGUAUAUGCUGCUCGUCUUCCAUGCAGUCCCCUGCCUUGGAGAUAUUUCUGGAUGAUUUGUUUGACAAUGUUGAGCUAUGUGAUGCUUGUGAGCCUGAAGGUGAUGAUAGGGAUGGGUCUUCAGAAGCAUGCAGCUUGGUACAUCAAAAGGUGCCAGAAGAGGAAACUUCACUCUGAUUAAAUGUACAUUGUUAAAGAAAAAUGGACCUGGUUGCUGAUGAUGGGAAGUGGAGAUCACCGCAGAAAUGGUUUGCCUUUUAGGUAUGGGAUUGGUAAACACAGUUUGAGAUUAUACUCUGAUUUAGAUUACGAGUGAACUGUGCUGCAGAAAUACCCGAGUUGAUGGCAUUACCUUAAAACUUCACAGUUGAACCACUGGAAUUGCUUCAACAGGAUUGUGUAUUUAGUGGAAGAAGACACAAGUUAGUCAUUCAUGGCAACAUUUGUUUGGGGUGAAAGCGAUGAAAUUUCACAAGGCCUAUUGGUUGAACUCUGGGACAGGGAGAAAGGUUGCUCUAAGUUCAUCCAAAGAUGACUCAACUUGUAAAACUAUUCGAGGUUCUUCGACAUGAAAUUGAUAUUGUCAUUUGUGUAUUGGACAGGGGGAAAAAAAGGUGGGAAUGGAGAUCAUUGUUAAUUAACAGAGAGCUCAAUGCCUGAAUAUUGUUAAUGUAAUGGUGAUGAGAAACUGAGAACAACUUGCUAGGUUUCCGAUUAGCACAAGUCAUACAUACAUAUAUCUCAUAGAGAGGUUUUCUUGAAACAA